AUGAAAGGUUUUAAAGAGAAAUUCUUCGGAAAGCAGAAUGAUGAAAACGAUUCGAAAAUGAAAACUUCCACAGCUGAUUCGCUGCUGGAGAAAUUGGCAGGAGUAAAAGGAAGAAUGGAAGAAGAUAGAAAACAACGAUCAAAUCCGUGUACUCCAAAAUUGCCAAGGCGAAACUGUUCUCGAGAAGGAAUUUCUGAAAGUCCACUGGCAACUCCGAGAUCUCGAAGAAGAAUUUUGCCUGAAAUCGAGAUUAAACCGGGCACUCCAGACAAUGAUUUGAGACAAUCGGAGAAUAGUCUUGUACCGCCCUCAGAUGAAGUCAAGAAAGUAGAAGAGCUGACGACGGAGGUUUUACCAAGAAGAAGCCGCGAGGAAAAAGUGUUGGAGAUCAUCGAGUCGGGCGAAUUCAUUGAAAAGAUCUCACCGCAAGUGAGACGGAAGUUUGCGACCCCGGAAGAUUGGAUUGGAAACAAGGCGUCUACAGUCGCAAAAUGGAUUCGGGAAUCAGACGAGUCGAAAUCACUGGACAUUAGGGAGAGACAGAAAGUCAAAAAAAUGCUCACGUCUUUAGAUAUUGCAAAAGAGAAGGUUGAGCUGUCGUUAGCAGACUUAGCCCUUUGUGUCAAAAGUUGCAUCCACGGAAUGUACAUAAGAGAACUGCUGAUAAUCUGCGGAGCCAGCUCUUGUUUUCAAAUGAAAUUAAUAUUUCUCGUUUUGUGCUUUUCGCCUCUCUCCGCUGGCAUCAUAAGAGAACGAAGAAGCUUUUAUUUUUACCAAGAUCUAGGAAAUGUUCUUGGUAAAUUGAGAUCUCUCGAAGUGAAAGAAAAGAAAAGAAGAACUGAUCAAAUGACCUCCCAUAUAGCUUCUUCCUACAGUGAAGGCAACCUCAAAGGGCGUAUCGAAGAGACGAGACGAAAUCCGCGAAGCGAAAGCAGGGAGCUCUAUCUUUAA